CAGCUUCGUGAUGGCAUGAACAAGGAACGGCUGCGUGUGUACACUUCCUGCUAGAAGGGAGUUACCGCCAAACUUCUCUCAUCUGGUUUCCCCAAGGAGACCCAGACUCCCUAAUUCGACCAAGUGCCAUCUCUAGAAGCGCAACUACAAAAUAUUUGUAGUAUACUUUCUCCUUCAAAGCUUGGCCUGUUUGUUGUAGCCUCCGUCUUCCAGCAACUCGAUCCCUUCCUUCGUUUCAGAAAAUACCCAGUAAAUUAAAGUGCGAGCAGAAUGAAACUCCUCUUACCAAUUACUCUGCUGCUCAUAAUUUCCAUGGUUAUGGCGGCGGCCUCUUUCCUUCAGCUCUCACUUGCCCUCGAUAUUGACGGUGCCUUUUCCCCUGAUUCACCCCCUGCCUCUCCACCCGGAACAUGCGAUUCGAAGUGCGAGGGAAGAUGCGCCAAGGCAGGGGUGAUGAAGAGGUGUUUGAAGUACUGCAAUAUCUGCUGCGGGAAAUGUCACUGUGUGCCUUCAGGGACCUACGGGAAUAGGUCAGAGUGCCCUUGUUACAGGGACAUGAAGGACAAUAAGGGCAGGCAGAAGUGUCCUUAAACCUACUCACCCACACUGAAGAUAAAAACUAUAUGUAUAUGGGGAG